AAAGUGUAAUGUCACUAGUUUUUCACUGGAGAGCGAGCAACGCGAAUGGUGCUUGGAACUGCUGUCGUUUUUGGUGGCUAGUGGUGAAAAAGUGCGAUUUGGCAGGCUACCUACCCCGUUGAAAGAGUGGCCAAUCGUCACGGUUCCGUUUCCGGGUCGAUUUGAGUGAAUACGGUCGCGAAAAAGUGCAUUUUCCGGCAGCGGGAAUUGGCAUCCGAAAAAUUGGUCCUCGGGUGAAAGAAAAUUUCUCCUCCCUCAAGCGUGAAAAAGUGGAAUCCAGCAGAAGCGGCCAAGAGCAGUGUUGUGUUGUAGAGAGCGAAAAACGAAGGAAUUGGGCUUCUGGUGGUUGUGUAUGCGUGUUUCCCCGUUGCAGUGAGAAGUGAAGAAGGAAAAGUGCGAAUUCAGCCCACCUUCGAUUCAAAGGCAGCGAAAGGCCAAAAGUGUCUCUCCCCGAAAGUCCCGUUGGAAUCUCGGAUUUAGGGGCCUGGUUUUUCUGGUGUUGGGAUCGGCCAACAGUUGUGUCUGGAAGUGCUCGGGAAGGUAUUUCACUGAAAUCCGACUUCCCAUUGGCGAGAGUGUGAGUCAAGCCGAAAGAGUAAAAGCAGAACCGAUCGGAAGAGUGAGAAGAAUCAAUCGCAGGGACAAUGUCGUCAUCCGGCGAUUUCGGCAAUCCGCUCCGGAAGUUUAAGCUGGUCUUUCUGGGCGAACAAAGUGUCGGCAAAACCUCGCUAAUCACCCGAUUUAUGUACGACAGCUUCGACAACACAUACCAGGCAACGAUCGGUAUAGACUUCCUGUCGAAAACCAUGUACCUCGAGGACCGAACGGUGAGAUUACAGCUGUGGGACACUGCCGGACAGGAGCGAUUCCGAUCGCUGAUACCUUCGUACAUUCGUGAUUCAACCGUAGCCGUAGUCGUGUACGAUAUUACAAAUGCAAACUCAUUUCACCAAACAUCGAAAUGGAUCGACGACGUCCGGACGGAACGUGGCAGUGACGUAAUCAUCAUGCUGGUGGGCAACAAAACUGACCUCUCGGACAAGCGCCAGGUCUCGACGGAGGAGGGCGAGCGGAAAGCGAAAGAACUGAAUGUGAUGUUCAUCGAAACCAGUGCGAAGGCGGGCUACAAUGUGAAACAGCUUUUCCGACGAGUAGCCGCUGCACUGCCCGGUAUGGACUCAACCGAGAACAAGCCACCAGAAGACACCGUCGACCUGCAGACCCAGCCUUCGAAUUCCGGUGACCAGCAAGACUCCGAAGGAGGUUGCAUGUGUUAAAACUUGGCCCGCUGGCGGUUGUGCUUGGAACUGAAUGGUAGCAGCAACGGCAUCAGCGAAUCGGCAGCAUAUGUGUGUAUCCUAACUACAAAGGCACGGAAAGCGAGCAGCAGGAAAAAUUGAUGUGUUUGCUUUAUAUUUUGCCGGAAGUUUUUCUUUUUUUAAUAUUACAAUUUAUAUGAGGUGGUAACAUGAUGAACAUUCUAACGAAUUGAUGAUGGGAAUGACAGAGUUUAAAAAUCAAAAAAAAAUAUGAUCGAGAAACGGGGACGCGUCAGAGUUCAAUUAGCGAAGGCAAAAGGAAGAACGAAUUAUUACAAGAUAACAGAAACUAGGAUUUAAAAUUUAGCUAUGCAGUAACCAAAGCGAAACUAAAAACUCAAGAAAACCAACUGAAGCACAAGUAAGAAUCAUGUUUUUAAGAAAACGGUAAUCGAUAGUCUACAAAUAAGAAAAUUCACUCUCACUCACAACCCAUUCAACACGAGCAAACAUUAAACCCAAAUGCAGGACCUUGAACCGAAGACAAACCAUUGCGCUAAAUACUAGUACUAGUUUAGAAAACAAAAUCAAACACAUGAUAUAAAACGCUAAUAAUUACCGAAGAGGCAACGUAACACGGCUGUCAUGGUUCCAGCUGGCCCUGUGAGGGCCGCGCAGGACUGUGUAAGCUGCUUAGGACAAAAAAUGCGAGAACGCAGUUAUAGCAAAUAACUACCCAUACAACUACAAACAAUAAUGAAUCAUUCCCACCCCCUCGAAUUACACCGUUGAUACAAUUCAGAAGAAAGCGACGAAUGCACAUUUCCCCCUUCUCAAGAAUGCGUUUCUAAGAAUGCUUCGUGCUCCUUCUAUAGCUGAAGAACGUAAAGAAAACAACAUUUGUGAUGUAAUUUUACCAACCAAGCAAUUACUAUGCAGUAGGGUUCGGCUUAUUUUUCGCAAGUUCAUGAGCUCUUCUGAAGUCAAAUCACACAGAGAAAUCUCAAAGUUUAAGCUAAAAAUAUUAACAUUUAGAAGAGAGGCAAGUGACUUAAGGUGAUUUUUUCAAGUUUGUAAAAUAUAUCUGUGAAAUUUA